CGCGCGGCCGCGGUCCUACCUAUUCAUUCCGGCACCUAAAAUGGCUGGAGAGAGGCGGCGGAGGGCCCGGGGCGGGAGGUGAGCCCGCCGCCGACGCUGCCGCCACCAUGUCGGCCGGGCAGGACGAGAGCUCGGUGCGGGUGGCGGUCAGAAUUAGACCACAGCUAGCCAAAGAGAAGAUUGAAGGAUGCCAUAUUUGUACAUCUGUCACGCCUGGUGAACCUCAAGUGUUCCUGGGAAAAGAUAAGGCCUUCACUUUUGACUACGUGUUUAACAUUGACUCGCAGCAAGAAGAAAUCUAUAUACAGUGUAUAGAAAAACUGAUUGAAGGUUGUUUUGAAGGAUAUAAUGCCACUGUCUUUGCUUAUGGCCAAACAGGUGCUGGGAAAACGUACACCAUGGGAACUGGAUUCGAUGUCAACAUAACAGAAGAAGAACAAGGCAUUAUAUCACGUGCUGUUAAGCAUCUUUUUAGAUGUAUUGAAGAAAAGAAACAAGCUGCUAUUAAACAAGGACUUCCACCUCCAGAUUUUAAAGUGAAUGCACAGUUCUUAGAGCUUUACAAUGAAGAAAUUCUUGAUCUGUUUGAUACUACACGUGAUAUUGAUGCAAAGAAUAAAAAAUCAAAUAUCAAAAUCCAUGAAGAUUCAGCUGGAGGAAUUUAUACAGUGGGUGUUACAACUCGAACUGUGAAUGGAGAAUCAGAGAUGAUGCAAUGCUUGAAGCUUGGAGCUUUAUCGCGAACCACUGCCAGUACUCAGAUGAAUGUUCAGAGCUCACGGUCACAUGCUAUCUUUACUAUACACUUAUGUCAAACCAGAGUUUGCCCUGCGUUUAACACUGAUAAUGCCACAGAUAACAGGAUAAUAUCCGAAUCCUCUCAGAUGAAUGAAUUUGAAACUCUUACUGCCAAGUUCCAUUUUGUUGAUCUAGCAGGAUCUGAAAGGUUAAAGCGAACAGGAGCUACAGGAGAAAGAGCAAAGGAAGGCAUUUCCAUCAACUGUGGAUUACUGGCACUUGGCAAUGUUAUAAGUGCACUGGGAGAUAAAAGUAAGAAGGCAACUCAUGUACCAUAUAGAGAUUCAAAGCUUACAAGGCUACUUCAAGACUCUCUUGGAGGAAACAGUCAAACCCUCAUGAUAGCAUGUGUGAGCCCUUCGGAUCGAGACUUCAUGGAAACCUUGAACACAUUAAAGUAUGCCAAUCGGGCACGAAACAUCAAAAACAAGGUGAUGGUUAAUCAGGAUAGAGCGAGUCAACAAAUAAAUGCUUUGCGCAGUGAGAUUACACGGCUGCAGAUGGAACUCAUGGAAUACAAAACAGGUAAAAGGAUUAUAGAUGAAGAAGGCGUUGAAAGCAUUAAUGACAUGUUUCAUGAAAACGCUAUGCUGCAAACAGAAAACAACAACCUGCGUGUAAGAAUUAAAGCAAUGCAAGAGACGAUUGAUGCACUAAGAGCUAGAGUAACGCAACUUAUAAGCGAUCAGGCCAACCAAGUGUUAGCCAGAGCAGGAGAAGGAAAUGAAGAAAUUAGCAACAUGAUUCAUAAUUAUAUCAAGGAAAUUGAAGAUCUCAGAGCAAAAUUAUUAGAAAGUGAAGCAGUCAAUGAAAAUCUUCGACGUAGCUUGUCGAGAGCUUCAACAAGAUCCGCGUACUUUGGUGGACCGUCAGCAUUUUCUACUUCCAUUCUUUCUUCAGAGAAAGAAACAAUGGAAAUUCUAGAUAUAGCCAAGAAAGACCUAGAAAAAUUGAAACGAAAAGAAAGGAAAAAGAAAAAGAGGCUACAGAAACUUGAGGAAAGCAGUCAAGAAGAAAGAAGUGUUAAAGAGGAAAACACAGAUAAUGAGCAGGAGAAGAAGGAUGAAAAAGGCGCUUCAGAGAGAGAGAAUAAUGAAUUGGAAGCGGAGGAAAUUCAGGAAGUAAGUGAUCAUGAAGAUGAAGAAGAAGAAGAAGAUGAGGAUGAAGAUGACAUGGAAGUUGUUGAAAGUUCAGAUGAAUCAGAUUCUGACUCUGAUGAAAAAGAAAAUUAUCAAGCUGACUUGGCCAAUAUUACCUGUGAAAUUGCCAUUAAGCAAAAACUAAUAGAUGAGCUAGAGAACAGCCAGCGAAGACUGCAAACUCUGAAAAAACAGUAUGAAGAGAAACUAAUGAUGCUACAACACAAGAUUCGAGACACUCAACUUGAAAGAGAUCAGGUUCUUCAAAACUUGGGUUCUGUGGAGACCUAUUCAGAAGAAAAGGCAAAAAAAAUUAAGUCAGAGUAUGAAAAGAAACUCCAAGCCAUGAAUAAAGAACUGCAGAGACUUCAAACAGCUCAAAAGGAGCAUGCACGUUUGCUUAAAAAUCAGUCUCAAUAUGAAAAGCAACUGAAGAAACUGCAGCAGGAGGUGACAGAAAUGAAGAAAACCAAGGUUCGCUUGAUGAAGCAAAUGAAAGAAGAGCAGGAAAAAGCUAGAAUGACUGAAUCUAGAAGAAACAGAGAGAUUGCACAGCUUAAAAAGGAACAGCGCAAGCGAGAGCAUCAGCUCAAGCUUUUGGAAGCUCAGAAAAGAAAUCAAGAAGUUAUCCUACGUCGCAAAACAGAAGAGGUUACAGCUCUUCGUCGGCAAGUAAGGCCUCUGUCUGACAGAGCGGCAGGGAAAGUGAGUCGAAAACUGAGUCUGCCUGACCAUCCUAUUCAAGAACCAAGUUCUAGUUCAUCUGUUGAGUAUGAUGGAUCAAGAACAGCAGGACAGCAGAAGAUGAGAAUUCCUGUUGCAAGAGUCCAAGCAUUAUCUGUAACUGCAACAAACGGAACAGGAAAGAAAUAUCAGCGGAAAGCAGUGACAAGCAGAGUUUACUCCUCAAAGGCAGCCAGGAUGAAGUGGCAGUUACUUGAACGAAGAGUGACUGAUAUCAUUAUGCAGCGGAUGACCAUUUCCAAUAUGGAAGCAGAUAUGAACAGGUUACUUACACAACGUGAAGAACUCACAAAAAGAAGAGAGAAACUUUCGAAAAAAAGGGAGAAGCUCAUUAAGGAAGGAAGUGGCAGUGAAGCAGAUAAAAAUGUCCAAAACAUAAAUGAAGAGAUGGAAUCGUUAACUGCGAAUAUAGACUACAUUAAUGACAGCAUUUCUGACUGCCAAGCAAACAUUAUGCAAAUGGAAGAAGCAAAGGAAGAAGGAGAGACCUUGGAUGUAACAGCAGUGAUCAAUGCUUGCACUUUGACAGAAGCUCGGUAUUUGCUUGAUCACUUCCUCACAAUGGGUAUCAAUAAGGGUCUCCAAGCAGCCCAGAAAGAAGCUCAGAUUAAAGUUCUUGAAGGACGUCUAAAGCAGACAGAAAUUACUAGCGCUACUCAAAACCAACUGCUGUUCCAUAUGCUAAAAGAAAAAGCAGAGUUAAAUCCUGAGCUUGAUGCUUUGCUGGGUCAUGCUUUGCAAGACCUAGAUAGCAUACCGCUGGAAAAUGUGGAAGAUAGUACUGAUGAGGAUGCCCCACUGCAUAGUCCUGGGGCGGAAGGAAGUUCAUUGUCUUCAGACCUCAUGAAGCUUUGUGGUGAAGUCAAGCCCAAAAGCAAGGCCCGCCGGAGAACCACUACUCAGAUGGAACUGCUGUAUGCAGACAGCAGCGAUUUAGGCUCUGAUGUUAGUGCUACAGACUCUACUUUGCCUGGCCCUCUUACAACUGUUGCAGAAGCCCAAGAAAGUGGGAUGACUGCUGACGCAAAUGAUACUAGGGAUAGAGAGUUUAUUCCCCCAUCAUCUGGCUUACCUUCUAAGAUAGGCAGCAUUUCUAGACAGUCAUCUCUGUCAGAGAAGAAGAUACCUGAACCUUCACCUUUAGCAAAGAGAAAAGCCUAUGAGAAAGCAAUGGAGAAGACAAAGGCAAAAGAACAAAAACUGUCUGAUGAAAGUGAUUCCUCUCUGUCGGAGGUACACAGGGGGAUAAUUAACCCAUUCCCUGCUUCAAAAUACAUCCGAUCUUCUCCACUUCAGUGUAUCUAUACAGCUGAAGGACACACCAAGGCUGUGCUUUGUGUUGAUGCAACUGAUGAUCUUCUCUUCACUGGAUCUAAAGAUCGUACUUGUAAAGUCUGGAAUCUGGUAACUGGACAAGAAAUUAUGUCUCUGGGAGGUCAUCCCAAUAAUGUUGUUUCCAUAAAAUAUUGCAACUACACUAGCCUGGUGUUCACAGUCUCAACUUCCUAUAUCAAGGUGUGGGACAUCAGAGAUUCUGCCAAGUGUAUUCGGACACUAACGUCUUCGGGACAAGCGAUGCCAGGUGAUGUGUGUUCAGGAAGUACUAACAGAACAGUCACUAUCCCCGCUGGGGAGAACCAGAUCAAUCAGAUUGCGCUAAAUCCAACUGGCACUUUCCUCUACGCGGCAGCUGGAAACUCAGUGAGGAUGUGGGACCUGAAGAGAUUUCAGUCUACGGGAAAGCUAACUGGUCAUCUGGGCCCUGUUAUGUGCCUUACUGUGGACAGAAUUUCCAAUGGGCAAGAUCUUAUUGUCACAGGCUCGAAGGAUCAUUAUAUAAAGAUGUUUGAUGUAACUGAAGGGGCUCUUGGAAGUGUAAGUCCUACACACAAUUUUGAACCUCCUCAUUAUGAUGGCAUAGAAGCGCUCGCUAUUAUGGGAGACAACCUCUUCAGUGGGUCCAGAGACAAUGGAAUUAAGAAAUGGGAUUUGGCUCAAAAAGACCUUCUUCAGCAAGUUCCUAACGCCCACAGAGACUGGGUAUGUGCUCUCGGCCUGGUGCCUGGCGCCCCGGUCCUCCUCAGCGGCUGUAGGGGAGGCAUGCUGAGGCUCUGGAAUGUGGAAACCUUUGCGCCAAUUGGGGAGGUGAAGGGACAUGACAGUCCUAUCAACGCAAUCUGUACCAACUCCAGCCACAUAUUCACGGCAGCAGAUGACCGAACUGUGAGAAUCUGGAAAGCUCGAAAUGUAAUGGAUGGGCAGAUCUCAGAUACUGGAGAUGCAAGUGAAGAUCAUGCCAGUAGUUGAAAUGAUGGGCAGAAGUGAAUAUAUGGAUGAAAAUGAGGUGCACUCUAUGCAGUUUGCUGCAUGCUUAUUAGGCAAACACUAAUGACCGGAAUGAACUGAGAAAUAAGAGUGAACUCUUCUACUAGAACUGCUGUCUUUAAAACACGUACUGUAUUUGAGAAAAAAUAACCUCCUGGUAACAUGCUUGUGUCUAAAUGAUCAUAUAUAUAUAUAUAUGUGUCUAUAUAUAAUGGCUGAAUUUGUGUGCAUAUGUAACACUUGCCGUUUAAAUUAACUGGAAAUUGGUCGUCUUUAAUGACUAUCUCAAAAUUAUAUCCUGGAAUAUAUUAAAGUGCUCUGCUGUAUUUCACUCAUACCUAUGAUCAGCUGUUUUGCAUUUUAGGGUAACAUGGAAGUAAUGAUGUCCCAUUAAAAAGCCUUUGAUGAAGACAGACUUUGUUUCAAGUUUCUAAAAGGUCACUUACAGAGCUGUUAUGAAAGCGGAGUGAAUAAAAGAUGAGAGGAAGCUCUUAGUGGCAGAUCAUUCUGAUAUAACUGUGUCCUGCUAACAGUGAAUGCCAUAUGAUUUGUGUUAAUGUUAGCAUAUAAUCCUUGUUGACCAAAGUCGUGCAGCUAUGUAUGCUCUGUGCUCAGGACUAGAACAAAAAUGCUCACAAACUGGUAUUUUUUUUUUAGUGUUUUGCCUAUAUUCUGUAAUGACUAGAUAUUCUUAAUGUCAUAACAGAAAUAUAUCUUAAUCUAUUUUUCUUAUGAAUUUGUUUCUAUCAUCUCACAUUUUCUUUUUUUUUUAAGCAAAAUGUCUUUCCUUUUUAUCUAAUUUUAUAUGCUGCUAAAUGUAUUUUAAAUACACUGUUUUGCAAACCUUGGCAGUUACUAUGAGAACUGAACCACAUGUAUGGGAAAAAGCAAUGUAAAUAGAUGGUUGUACAAAGAGAAUCUCCUACCUUGUGCCUGUAUGAAUUUUAAAAUUCUUAAGAGUGUGGAUACUGAGGGAAGAUGUAUAAUUUAUCCAGCUGCUCUGAGUAUUAAUUUGUAAAUUCUGCGGAUUUUAAAAUUUUAUGUAGAUUCAGAAACUGUGUUUGGAUGGUGAGGUUUUUUUGCAGAAAAUAUCAGUCUGUAAAUUAUAGCUUAUGUAGGUGACACUUAAAUAAAGAUGUGAA